AGUAUAUCGCUGGCAAUGAGUGUAAGAUAUCACUGUGUGUUAAGGUGUCUGCAGUGUCAAGUUCGUAGGGACUACAGCUUGCUUAAGGUUUGCCUUCCACGGUGUUUGCGUCCCGGCGUAUCGCCGGCUCUCUUGUUGUACCCCCACCCCGUCAUUUCUUAGGUGAUAGAAAGGACAACAAGGUUCACGAGUGAGAAGUAAUCGAAGAAGGGCAGGUGAAUAAAGCGCCCAAGACUUUGAUUUAAUUUCACGGAGUGUGCCGAUCGUCGCUGCAGAAAUAUCUCUCGCAGCUUUUCUUCCUCCUUUCUCUCAUCUAAGAAGGAACAAAUGGCAGCGUGAAUGACGUGUGUAGGACAAGUUUUGAUCAUUGCUGAUUAUUAGUUCUAUUCCUAGGGAGCGCCUUUUCAUGUAUCGUCAUGUUGUCUGGUUAUUGUACAACUACGUCAAAUAUAAAUGUAAUAAACAUACUAAAGUCCCGUCUGGGCCGUUGAGCGGUUCACACGUCUUCCGACGGAAGAUAAAAUUUUUGAUCCUGCGGGAUUGCAUCAUCCAAUAGGGAUUGCAUCAUCCCGCGCGAGGCUCAGUAGUUGGGCCUCUGCAUUGUGUGACAUUAAAAACGCGAUUACACGUUAGGAGAUUUAUAUCGUCAAGUCAAGACUAUUGGUUCGUCGUGGUCGUGUCGGCUCGAUACAGGAGCCGGGUGCCAUAACAAGAUAAAGAAGAAGAAUAAACAUACUCUAGCAACAGCUAAUUUCGCACGCAAACGUCGGUUAACUGCUAACCGAAGGUUAAUUGAUUCUUUGCCUCUUCUUAGAUAAUAAGAUAGAAAAAGGUAGGGAGUUGACACUUGAACUCUGGUUAACAGUUAACUGAUGUCUGUGAAACUAGUCCUAGGAAUGUGUGUGGUGCACUCUUCAUAUCUUGUCGAUUUCUUCUCGUCAACCAGAUAUUUCUUUCCACAUGAGUGGCUCUUCCAGGUGGUCAGCACGACUGAGAUUUAAAUAUCCGUAUUCUACCUAUGUUCUCUCUUUCAUAAGAGAGAUUCAUCAUGGAUAAUAAAAAGGACGAAGUUAUAAAGAAUUUACGGUCGUGCUUGAUAUCCUGCAAAGGCGGUAUCAAGUUGGAGGCCUUGAGAAGGGACUAUCAAGUAAUAACAGGGGAGCUAUUACCCUUUAAACAAUUUGGAUAUUCUUCUGUGGAAGCUUUCGUACGUAGCAUACCGGAUGUUGCGGUGAUAAAAAAAAAUGGAGAAUUGUUUGUGGAAGCCGUGCCUUCCAAGACGACGGCGCAUCUCACGAAACUGGUUUCGCGACAAAAGAUACGACGAAAAAUACGACCACAGCCAAAAAAAUGGACCCCGCCUCGAUACACGAGAACUUUUCCGUCUGGCGUUAGAAGUAAUAAUAACGUCAGCAGUGGUAGCCAGCCUACCAGGAGUAAUUACGUUAGUCCUCCAAAUGCUUUUACUAGAUCAACACCCGGCAAGAGUAACUUGUAUACAGAAUUUUGCAGGUACCUAUAGUAUCCAA